AUGUUGUCCUCCCUCGCCCCGUACCUCUCGAACCCACGGCAGACACUGGCCCAAGUCCUCAACUUCGCCCUCGUCCUAUCUACGGCAUUUAUGCUAUGGAAGUCGCUCUCGGUGAUCGCCGACUCUCCUUCCCCGAUCGUUGUGGUCCUGAGCGGAUCGAUGGAACCUGCGUUCCAACGUGGCGAUUUACUGUUUUUGUGGAAUCGAGAUAAGACAGCCGAAGUGGGAGAGAUUGUGGUGUACAAUGUCAAGGGCAAGGACAUUCCUAUUGUACAUCGCGUUGUGAGGAGUUACGCUCCACUGGGAGUCGGAGCAGAUGCGGAUGCAAGUGCGUCUCCCAAAUUAUUGACGAAAGGCGACAACAACGUGGCGGACGAUACAGAGUUAUAUGCGCGAGGACAGAGCUACUUGGACCGGAAAGAGGAUAUCGUCGGCAGUGUGCGCGGAUAUGUACCUGCAGUGGGAUACGUCACCAUCAUGUUGAGUGAACAUCCAUGGCUGAAGACUGUUAUGCUGGGAAUUAUGGGCUUGAUGGUGAUCUUACAGAGAGAAUGA